CAUUAGGCGGAAACAGGCAGUCAAUGAGCAACAACAGCCGCGGGCUGCAGGAUGCUCAGACAGCUGUUACAUUAACAAACACACCUAACAUCGAUUAAUUGACGUUUUAAUCCAAAAAGCGUCAAUAUGCGUGACGGACAGGAGCGCGUGCACGACAGCUGAUCGAUCAGCUGUUUGGGAAAAUAUCGAUUAGGCUGUUUUGAAGACGUUUUCAAACAUGGACUCACUGCUAGACUUUGAGGAGUGUAUCAAAGACUCUCCUGAGUUCAGGAUGAAGCUGCAGCUGUUUGAGGCUGAUGUGUCCGAGCUGGAGACUCAACUGGAGAAGGUGAUGAAGCUGUGCAGUAAGAUGGUGGAGGCUGGACAAGCGUACAACGCAGCCAAUCAGCUGUUUCUCAACGGCCUUGGUGAACUCUCCAUGAACCACAAGAAGGACGGCGUCAUCAGCAACUGUCUAAACCAGUUCAACCAGGGCCUGCAGGAGAUGGUCAGCUUCCACACUAUGUUAUUGGAUCAGACUCAGAGAGCGAUCAGCCAUCAGCUCAGCAGCCUCUGUACACAGUUUCUGCCUCAGCUUGCGGAGACGAGGAGGGAGUUUGUUCGUAUCGGGGAGGAUCUGGAGACGGCAGCCGUGAAGAGUGCUCAGGUUUCUCGUCACAAAGCUGGCGACGCCGAGCGGGCGAGUCAUCUGCUGCUCGCCACACGCAAAUGUUACCAACACUUCGCCCUGGACUACUGUCUGCAGCUCAACACCUUUAAGACUCAGCAGAGAAUCGACAUCUUGAACUCAGUGUUCUCUUUCGUCCACGCUCAGUUCACCUUCUUCCACCAGGGCUUCGACCUCAGAGACCUGGAGCCCACCAUGAAAACCAUGGCAGCACAGCUGUCUCACCUAUCGUCAGACUGUGCAGCUAAAAGGAAAGACAUGGAGAACACACACCUGCUGGUCCAACAGAGGGACGCUUCAGGUGAGCCGAUGGUCAGCCCGUGUGAGAGCGACGCCAUCAUCCAGGGUUACCUGUUCAAACGCUCCCACAGGAAAUCCAAAACCUGGAAGAGAUGCUGGUUUUCCAUCAGAGACAAUCAGCUGAUUUACAGAAAGUCUCACAAAGACGGGAACACGGUUCUGUUCGAGGAUCUCCGACUUUGUGCCGUCAAAACUCUGGAGAACAUCGACCGACGAUUCUGCUUUGAGCUGCUCUCAGUUCAGAAGUGCUGUGCUCUGCAGGCCGACUCGGUGCAGCUGAGGCAGGCGUGGCUGAGCGCUCUGCAGGGCAGCAUCGACCUCGCCUACAGAGAGAGGGCGGAGCCUCAGCUCACACAGCCCAAAGAGCUCCCCCCUCCCCAAAGUGGCAGUGACCCCUCCCCGGGCCUCUCGGCUCAGAGGCCCCCGGUGCUCGGCGUGGCCCUCAGAGGCCCAGGAAACAGCCGCUGCUGUGAGUGUGGAGAGGAGGAGCCUCGCUGGGCGUCCAUCAACCUGGGAGUCACCAUGUGCAUCGAGUGCUCGGGUAUACACAGGAGCCUGGGUGUUCACCUGUCCAAGGUGAGAUCUCUCACUCUGGACUCAUGGGAGGCAGAACAGCUGAAGUUGCUGUGCGUGUUGGGAAACGAUGUGAUAAACCGGAUCUAUGAGGCGCGAUGUUCAGAGGAGGGGCGAGUCAAACCUAAAGCCGGCAGCUCGAGAGCGGAGAAGGAGGCGUGGAUCAAAGAGAAAUACGUGGAGAAGAGAUUUGUUCUGAACAAUCACGUGAAGGAAGGUGCAGGCCUGCGUCUGUAUCGGGCGGCGCUGGCAGGAGAUCUGGUUGCCAUGGCAGCAGCGUUGGCGCAGGGGGCGGAGGUGAACGGGAGCAUCUCCGAGGAGGAGGAGGGGGGGGGGGGACGCACGGCGCUGAUAGGAGCCGCUGUCGGGGGGUCGCUGUCGGCCUGCGAGUUUCUGCUGCUGAACGGAGCGAACGUGAACCAUCGAGACCAGAGAGGACAGGGAGCUCUGCACGCUGCUGCCACCGCUGGACACACCGGACAGGUGUGUCUGCUGCUGAAGAGAGGAGCCAAUCAGUACGCUGUGGACGAGAGGGGACAGGACCCGUUGGCCAUCGCCGUGGAAACAGCCCACGCUGACAUCGUCACACUACUGAGGAUGGCUCGCAUGAACGAAGAGAUGAGAGACUCAGAGGGAGUGUUUGGAGCAGCAGGAGACGACGAGACGUUUCAGGACAUCUUCCGGGACUUCAGCGACAUGGCGUCCCACGCUCCGGAGAGGCUCAGCAGACGCCAGUUCAGCCGUGGAGGAGAUGAGGAGGCGGGGGAGGAGGGAGGAGAUGAGGAGGGAGGAGGAGAAAUGGCGAACAGCCAACGCGGUGAUGAAAAGACGUCUGAAUGAGAGAAACUCUGACUUGAAGCCCAUCAGACUGCAGAACCACUCCUGACCCUCUUGGUUACCACGGUAACGGUGUGGAUGCACGGCUCACGUUUUAACUUUUAGAAAAGAUGACUGACACUUUGUUCUGAACGUAUAACAUAUAUAUAUAAUAACGGUGUGGUAUAUAAGUCCACGUUUACUCACAGUCACAUGCUGCUGGACUAAAUGUUACCCGUGUUUUAAAGGGGCGGAGCUAGAAGCAGAGCUGCAGCUGCUCCUUAUUUUUAUCAUUAAUUCAUCCGCAGGUUAUUUACUUCAACACACUGUUUGUUUUUAACACAUAACGGAGGAGGAGAGAGAAGUAUCUGUCAGACGUUUGUUUUGUCCCACUGACGCUCCAGAAACUAAAGAUCCAGAACCGUUUGAAUUCUUCAACGGCCCCUUUUUUAGUUUAUUUGGCGUCUAAAAGAUUUGUAGGUUGUUGUUUCAGUUGAUUCCGUCUUUAAAAAAAAAACACCAGAAGUGUUAAAAACAAGCACUUUAAAUCUGGUUCUCUUUGUGGUCCUCUCACGUUUCAUCUUCAGGUCAACAUCUGAAUGCGUCUAACACUUUGUUUUAUGACCACCUGUAGAACUUAAGACAUUUCCAUCAGCCUCAGCUGUUAGCAUGCUAACACUGCUAGCAUUAUACCAUCUAAACAUUAGCCUGAAAGCCACACGCUUAUUAGCAUUAAGCUAACGUCGGCCCCACCAGGCUGGUGUCACAUGUCCGUGUCUUGUUAUAUUUCUUUACAAAUUGUAUUUAUGUUAUUUGUUUGUUUUGACAGGGACAGUGUACAGCCUGUUAGCUGUACCAGAGUUAGCUUUAAGCUAAUUUACAUCUGUAGUCCCUGAGACAACGUCAGAAACAACGUUUAAUCUUUGCACUCAUCAGGUCUCUUAAUACAGAGCUGCGCUAGCUGUUACCUUGUACUUUCAGUCUUAAUGCUAAGCUAGGCUAACACAGGCCUGCCACGUUGUUGUUGUUGUUGUCGUCAGUAAACAGAAACAAACAUCAUUCCUUAAAUGUUGUUACAAAAUGUACAAAUGUUGAUGAUGAAGUUUGGGAAAGAAACGGUGUCCGAAACUCUCAUUGUUACUGUGCUAACUGUUAGCGUGCUAACUGUUAGCAUGCUAACUGUCUUUCUUAAGUUAACAGGAAAAACUUCACUGAGAUAAAGGAUCUCUUUAACAUGAGUGUCCUGAGUGAAGACCGGCAGCAGCUCGUUUUAACACAGAUCAUCAUGUGAUCGCUCUCAGAGUCGUCAACGACCUGAUGCAGCGUCCUGCAACACCUUUAAACUACUUAGAUUUCACCUAGUCCAUACGUAGGCUGACAUAUUUUUAAAAACUGAGGUUUUCCUCCAUUGUUUUAAAAAAUAAUCCCGUCCACCAGGUCAGGAGGAAUUGGAGGGCGAUCUGAAUGUGUCUUAUAAAACGAUGAGUCAUGAGAGACUUGAGAAUAGAAAUAAAAAGCUCCUUGGUUUGGACCGGGGGAACUUUCCUCCAGAACUCAUUCAGACUGCAGGAACCAGAGUCUUAGUUUAGUUCUGGGGUAAAAGAUCUACCUCUAGGGGGAGUAGUACUUCCUAAAGGUACUGGGACUUUGGCAGCCAGGGCAUGCAGCCCCUGCAAAGUGCUGGAUGUCUCUGAUUGGUCAGACACAGCAGGGUGUUAGAUCUCUCUCUCUGUGUUUUUCCUCCUUUCCAUCGUUAAUCAAUGAAACCAUUUGAAAAGCGUGAUUUGAAUAAUCUUCUUGGGACUUCAGGCAGUGGUGGAAACGACGACGACUUUGAGGACCAGGAACCUUUUAGUUCUGGGGACCUUUGGUGGAAAAGGGGUUUUCGACUCUUGUUAAGAUCGGAGUGAUAAAAACAUCGUCUGAACUGAACUCAUCGUCUUUAAAUAUGAAUGAUAUUUAUAAAUAACUCAGGUCAGAGGUCAUUUCUGUCUCACACACGUCCUGAGUGUCAAUAACUUCAUGAGGUUAUCCUGUUUUUGUUUUUUUUUACUAUUUCACACGUUACGGAAGGAAAGACGCUCGUUCGACUGCAUCACUUUUAGAGACUAUAUUCUAAAUCUGUAUUUAAACACUUAAACUCAGAUUCUCAUUGGAUCAAAACGUUUUAUUAUGUUUCAUUUUUAGUGGUCAAUGUCAUUUUAAUCAGAGGCGUACAUGCUGAAGAGUCUCCUCCCAGAGUCUCCUAGACCCGGAGAUCAGUGUGUGGAGUCCCCGCUCGUUAUUCUUAAACUCCAUGUUUCCUGUAUUUUCUCGUUUAUUUAAAAAAAGGGAUUUUUGUGAAGCUGCUUUUAUCAAGUUUUAAAGGUGACAUAUUCUCCUCCUCUUCUUCAGUUUAAAUAAGUGUCAGAGCUCCUCUUCAACAUGUGUGUGAAGUGUCUUGUUCUAAAUCCACUCUGAUCCUGUAUUUGAUCAUGUCUAUAAACCCCUCUAUUUCAGCCCUGCUCAGAACAGGCUCUUUCUGUGUCUGUACCUUUAAAUAUGUAAAUGAGCUGUGUCUGACCACGCCCCCUCUCUGGAAGGGCUUGGGUGUACUCAGUCUUUCUCGCUCCAUGUCCUAUUGUUUAAGGCGGACUCAGAGGACAGAACAAACACCUAGCUGUGGGAGUGUCACCCACCUGGGGGAGGGGCUACUGCCCUUUGUGAUGUCAUGAAUGGAAAAUCUCCAAACGGCCUGUUUGAGCACACAUUUUCUGAAAAGUGGAGCAGGCAGAAGACGGAGAGGAUGGACUUUUCUCAUCAUUGGGGGGUUUGUAGACGGACUAGAGACACAUGUUAGAGUUAGAGGAACAUGGGGAGGAGGAUUUUAAAUAUGUGACCUUUAAAGUUUAAAGACAUGUUUGUGUUACAGUCGGACUGGGUAGUUUGCUGUGAUUAUAAAAAGUUUUUGAUGUUGAAGAAUUUUGAAAGACUGAAAGGACUGACAGACUGUAAAGAGAGAGUAUGAAGAUGGAUUUAUAAAUCUGCUGAAAACAUUUCCUGUAUCAUUUCAAAACGUUUCUGUGAGUGUGGAGCAGAAAGAAGUGUAAACUCUGCUUCAGGGUGGAUUUAUUAUUCCUCGUUUCAUUUCUGUGACUAAUGUGAUGCUACUGCUUAAUAAAGCCACUAAACACAC